AUGGUUGAUAACUUAAAAUUUAAAAUAAGCAGCAUUUUAGCUGCAAAUGAUUUAAAAUCUGCUAUAGUUGAAAAUCUAGCAAGCAAUGAGAAUGAAAUACAAGCUCUAGGGGCAAUUAAAUUAUAUAUGAAACUGGAAAUUCAAGUCAGUGAAAAGAAUCUUGGAUUUGGCUAUUAA